GAUAAGAUUCUUCUUACCGUUUAUAUAUGCUGUGCGAUUGCAUACACCUAAAGAACAGCAUCCCAAUGACAUAAGGAUUUCAGGCUUGUUGCAUCGUGUUAGAAUUAGCAGCAUUAUAAACUGUACCCACUCUUCCCAUAUUAUUUUGAUAGAUUCAGAUAACAAAUUCCUCCAGAGAUCUGCACAACCCCACAGGCUGGGGUGUUCCCUACCUGACAGAGCAGUGACAGACUGAGCUGAGGAGCAGAGCACGGGGUGGCUUAAAAUGAGGGAAGGAUAUUCUGGCACAGCAGCAUAAAAAAAGCUACAGGCAAGAAGCCUAAAUUACCACUAACCCUUGUUACAGGAGGAGGGGUUAACAGAAGGGAAAGAAAGAUCACAAUGUGACUUUUUAAAUAGGAAGAGUUAAAUGGAAUCGGAGCUGGAGCUGAAGCAGCCGACAGGAACUGCACUCGGUGCUGUUUCUGAAGGGAUCUCGCAUGUGCUGUGAGGCGUUAACACAGCGUAAAGCACAGAGAUGGGGAAGUUAACUAACUGGAAUUAUAAACCCCAAGCGUGCUGCUGAACAUGCUCCCUUUGCACUGAAGAGAGUCAGUGCCAGCGCUGCAGUCCCCGUGUCGAGCAGAUCAGGUGGUUGCAGAGCCCGGCCAGCAGCAAUACGAUGCAGCUGAAGAGGCACAACCCAGGCAGCAACUGGAGCUACUCUCCAGAACAAGGCGACCUCUAAGCUCCCAUCUUUCCCAGGAACGAUGUGCUGAUAUUGCAGAAGGAUCCCGGCAACAAUGGAAUACCAGAUACUGAAUCUAUCUACCUGUCUCCUGGUCCUUCUGUUUUUCACACCCACUGCUUGGGGUAUCUGUCCUUCUAACUGUACAUGCUCAGGAAACGACAGGAAUGUGGACUGUUCAGCCAGAAACUUAACUGUGCUGCCACAGGGACUUCAGGACAACAUCACCUAUUUAAAUCUAUCCUUUAACCAGUUUGUAGAUCUCGACCAUCAGCUAACAAGAUUCACCAAUUUGAGGACCCUUGAUAUUUCAAACAAUUGGCUCAAGAACAUUCCUGCUCACCUGCCCAAGUCCUUAUGGGAAUUAUAUGCCAUAAACAACAACAUUAAAGUUCUUCAGAAACUUGACACAGCUUACCAGUGGAACCUCAGAGUGCUCGAUGUUUCCAGGAACAUGGUGGAAAGAGCUGUUCUGAUCAACAACACCCUGAGCAGUCUCAAGUUUCUCAAUCUCAGUAGCAACAAACUGUGGACGGUUCCAACCAAUAUGCCCUACAACAUAGAGACCGUGGAUCUAUCCAACAACUUCUUGUCCCAGAUACUUCCGGGAACACUGGUGAGACUACAGCACCUCACCAGCCUCUACCUGCACAACAACAAGUUCACGUACAUUCCUGACAAAGCCUUUGACCAGCUCCUUCAGCUCCAAGUGGUAACACUUUAUAACAACCCCUGGGCCUGCAGUGACAAACAAAACAUCCCUUAUUUGCUCAGAUGGGUGCAAGGAACCGCGGCCAGCGUGGUCGGGGCUCCCUGUGCCAAUCACUCUGUGUUCUGGGUGGAUGCCCCACCGACGUCAGCGGCUCCCAGAAGGACGGACUCCGGCUCCAUGAUCCAAGGGAUGAAGGCAGCAGACAGAGCUGCUUCUCCAGGGGCAAGCCAGAUGACAAAAAUGCACAAACAGUUUAAAGCUGAGGAAGUCGCCACCUUGGCAACCUCAAGCCCAACCGUAGUGUUCACGAGCACGGACCGACCACUGCUCCUCUACCCAGAAGAGCUGACAACGAGGCAGGUCAGCUCUCAAGAAGCAGCAGCCACACACACCAUCUACAUCAGAGAUUCAACUGAUGAGAACUCCAGCCUGACGCCUCCCAUGGGAUCCUCCACGACUCCUCUGACUUUAAGCAUCACCAGUGGAAUGCCAACAAACUACUCCAAAAUGCCUCAAAGCACAACUGCUACCUUAAGGAAGGAGGAAGCCACUACACACGUUUUGAAUACUCACGUGCCCUCCCAAGCAAGUACCUGUGAGAUGUGUCUGCUCUGUGUCAUGAUGCUUAGUGCAGUGGCAGUGUUUACUGACUAAGAGCCUGUAUCUUGUGAGAUCACUGAGUUUGUUCCUGUGAUACAUAGCUGGAGUUCAGACUUCCAGUUGAAGUGAUGAAUCAAAAUACAAGAAAUCCAAGGUUCUGACUCCGAUCUAGAGAAAAUAACAGUUCUUAAUUGAAGAAGUGCACACUAAUGUCUUGAUACUAAGCUGCUACUUAUUUUAAUGUCUUAAUUGAGUGCAACUAACUCAUGUUUGGUUUUAAAGAUGUGCUUAUUUUGUAAUUACGUUUUUCAUUUUACUUGCACAGAAUAAACCAUCCGAAUUUUAAGUACUGAUUUCAUGUAUGAUUUUGUCAUUACACAACUGGAAAAAAACAGAAGGCCUGUAUCAUAUCUGCAUUGUCUUGCUUGACCUGCCAGUGAGCAACUCCUGUAAUAUAGCAGCACAGAUUCUCUGUAAGUUAUGGUGACAUGCGAAAGGAAGGGAAAAAAUAAAGGCACUAAACCUGCUGUUCCACUAACCAGAAGCUAUUCCUGAGAAAACCUGCUAGCAUGUGUAUCUAUGUUUGCUUCGUAUGUAUUAGCAUAUUUUAACUGUGAAGAACAACAGUUCUGAAUUUAGGAAUUAAAUAUGACAAUGCUAUGAUGUCUGCUAGAGGGUGUAAACUGAGAGGCAACACGGUCUAACUAAGCAUGGGAAAAGUGAUAUGGGCUGAUACCUCUUUUUGCUCUGCCUUGACUUAGAGGCUGCAGGCAAGUUAUUUCUCACUUUCCAUAUUUAAAGAGGAAAGAUAAAAGUAGAGGAAAACACAAGAUGUUCAAUGCCAUGACACUCCAACAAGCAGGAGUUACCUACACAACUUAAUGAACUGGAACUCCUUAACUUUAUCCGAAGGUCUGAAACGUUAAUGUAUGAUGCUUAGAAGAACAUCACAAAUCAAACUACUACUUUCUGAUCGGUAAAAUGAAAUCUCAGCCAAUUUCUAAUACAAGUUAUGUAACAAAUCAAUGAAGUGAUUAGUUGUCACUGGAACAACCCUGGAAUCUUUGAACAAGAACUGAACUCAGUCCAUGGCCUUGAACAUGCCAACCCCCUGCUUUCCACGGGGGAGCAUGAAUGCUGUUCUCCCUGGCACCUGCACCACCAGCGAGUAGAAAUAGUUGCACGCAUGGUCCUGUCCACUCUAGGAAAAUAAUAUAUCUUAACGUGGCAAAGGUACCCGAUAUGCUACAGAUGAAGUUUUGCAAACAGCAUGAAUUGAAAACUGAAGAACAAGUUCAUUGAAAAAGUAUUAUCCACCUAAAAUCACAAAUCUUUAUCCAACGUUUUCCAUUCAUUUCAGGCCAUUUAAUUUCCAGUUAUUGUAGCAUGAAGGUGCUGCAAAACCCAGAAAACCUCACUACCGACACUGGAGUCCUCUACCUUUCCUGCUGGGUGUCAAUGAGGGCUGUAGACCAUUUACAACCACUGGUACCAGAGAAAUCACAACUUUCCAAUUGUGAACAGUAUUUCUAUAACCAGAAAUGUGUUUUAAUUUCUAACAGUAAAUGUUACACAACGAAUUUGUACAGUUAUUUCAUUGGCAUUUCAGUAAAAAUAAAGUUACGUUUGUAUUGAA